UGAUGACGUUCAGACGUACAUUCCGUCCCGCUUCCUCAGUUUCUGACUCACUCUCACAUGAUUCGUCGGUUUCGGUACACGUGACUCCCAAACCGCCAGAACCACGUCUUCCGGUGUCUGGGAAAGACUGCGCAGUGAGAUCCAACCAUGGUGUCUAUCAGGAUGCAGAUGGUUGGCUGCGCUCUGGCUGUGAUUGGCUGGAUCCUGGUGCUGGCCAUGUAUGUCACACCCAUGUGGCGAGUUACAACGGUCACCGUCAACGGCACUACUCAGAGCGUGUGGGAGGGCACGUUCAUGAGGUGUUUGAGGAAAGGGGGAGGAGACAGAUCCUGUAGGUCCUAUGACUUCCUCGUGCCUUUGAGCCCAGACUUUGAGGGGCCGUCCUCUGUGGCCCUCGCCGCCGUCAUCACAUGCUCCGCCGGGCUGGUCAUCUUCAGCUUCACAGGCUGGUGUGCCAAGCUGGUCUUCAAGGAGCGAACCAUGGCGAGGUUCUCUGUGCUGUCAGGCGUGGUGAUCCUCAUCGCCGCGCUCCUCUGCUUCAUUCCCGUCUGCUGGACGGUGGACCUCAUCGUACGGGACGACCACGCCGCUCCGGUGGGAGGAACUCGGAAAGUGGAGCUGGGGGCGUGUCUUUACAUCGGCUUUGUUGCGGUCGUAGCGCUGGCGGCAGGCUGGCGCUUUCUGUGUACCAGCUGGCCUGUGAACCAGAACGUCUGGUUUUGGCCGAUAUCCCUGCACCGAACGGAAGGCAGGGAGACGGAAAGCCAUCAAUUACGCUGAAACAUGGAAUCACCUGAAUUUGUUUUUUUCAUUUCAAGUGCCUUAGGGUUCCCCUUCCUGUGGUGGAGCGGUCUGAAAACUCACUUUACAGUGUAAUGGGUCCUGUCAGUGGACUCAAACCCAUCUGCCAGUAUUAGGACGGACGUUCUACCAUGAGGCCUCUUUGCUGCUGAAAUACUCAAACAAAACCAACAUUUCAGUGUUUUUUUAAAGUCAUAUAGGGCACAUUUUUGAAGAAAAUGUCACAUUUUGGCAAUAAAGCCUUCCUUUUUAAAUUUU